AUGGAGCGAGCACGUCGCGACUCGGAGCAGCUGGAUGCGGACUCCCGGACCCUCGCCGCCCUCCGCCCACACACCCAAUGGAUACCCUCGACUUCGAUCCCUUCAAUCGCCCAGCGCAACAUCUCGUUCGGAGGCAAGAAAGACAACGAUGACCUCAGCAAUCCGAUCCUCGAAGACUACCUAUCGAAGAAGGGAAAACGAACAGGUGCGACAGGAAAAGACGCCUCAGCAGAGCCCGUCCGCCCCACCCCUCGUACAGGAGACUUCGCCGUAACCCCAACUUCCCUCUUCCCACCCGAAAGCGACAUGCCCGGCUGGCGGCCAGACCUGAGCCCGCAGGAGAAACUCGAAAUCAAGGCGAAAUACCGCAAGCGGGAGCAACAAGAGGCGCUCAAGGAGGACAAGAAGCUCAUGGAUAUGUCACUCGAUCCCGACCAGAAAGCCCGCAGGCGCCUCGAGCGCAAACUCAUCAUUUCCGGCGUGAAGCGCCACGGCCGCAUGACAAAGGCGCAGAAGAUACUCCGUACCGAACGCCAGUCACUCUACAGGUCACAACUCCUCCCUACGUCUACCAAGAAGCUGCAGAAGGUCGUUAACCAAAUCGCCGGAAAGACUGUCUCGGAAGCUCUCGUCCAACUCCGCUUUUCCAAGAAACGUGUGGCCCGCGACGUCAUCAAGGGCCUCGAAAUCGCGCAGAACGAAGCCAUUGCGGCCCGCGGUAUGGGUCUCGCUGGCGAAGAGGCUGCGGUGUCGCGCUGGAAAAAGCAAAGAGCAGCUACGGAUGCGGGGAGACCGAAGGAUACUUGGGACUACAAGACGUCGAAAAAGGAUGGCAGUCUGGAGGCGAAGCCAGUUAAGGUGCCGUUCUUCAAGGACACGACGAUCCAGUUGAAGGAUGGGAGUAAGAAGGUGGUCCGCGACCCCAGCGAGAUCUACAUUGACCAGGCGUGGGUGGGACCCGGGCAGAGCUGGAAGACCCCGGAGUUCAGGGCGCGGGGUGCUAUCAACAUGCUGAAGCACCGCACGACGAGUUUCUCCGUCCUUCUCAAGGAAGAGAAGACGCGUUUACGCAUCUCAGACGAGCUCCAGAAGAAGCGCGACAACCGCAAGCUGUGGGUCGCACUUCCCGACCGGCCCGUGACAUCACAACGGCAAUACUGCCUGUGGUAG